UACACACACAAAAACAGAAGGUAACCACCGGAGCUCCGGCGACUAGAAGCUGUGAAGAAGAUCAGGAUUGUUCAUGAGAAAUUCUUACAUGUGGCAAGCGGUUGAAAUAUAUAUAUCAAGCGUUAGAUAUAUGGACUAUCUUUGACCAUUGCGAGCGCACUCUUUCUGGCGUGGAUGGUGGCCCCCUCCCCGAUGGAAACCAGUACUCGAGUAGUCUCUAAUCACGCGUGAGACUUUUCCUCAAUAUCCAACUUCCAAGGCAUUUUCUGAACUUAGAACCGCUCCUUACAGCUUUUUCAGUACUUGGAGAGUUGGAGUUGGAGUGUGAUCUCACUCUGCUCUACUGACUACCGAGAGUUCGUCCUUCGAAGCUUCCAACUCCUGAGGUCUCGGGAGGGAGGUAUAUCUGAAGCUUUUUCCUCCAUUAAUGGCUAUAAUAACAGAAGAACCAGAAGAGAAAGAAGAGCAAAAGCUGUUGCUCAAGAACCGGGAAACAGAAACUCCAUCUUCGAAAUCUGGUAAGGUUACCGACUCCCCUACACAUACAGCGAACGCGUUCGUCUUCUGGGCUUAUUUCACUUUAGCUGUUUCCGUCGUUACGAUCGGCUUUGUUUUCCUGUCUUCAUUAACCCCACAAGAUGAUAAACCUUGGUUUCUCAGCUUGCCCAACGAUAUACGCCAAUAUUACUCCAAUGGUAGAACAAUCAAGGUCCAGUUAAACCUUAAUCGGCCUCCUAUCGAGGUUUUUGCCAUAGAAGAAGGUCCCAGAGACGCAGAGGCCGUAGUUCUUGUCCACGGUUUCGGUUGUAGCUCUUAUUCUUUCCGUCAACUGAUUCGCUCUCUGGGUUCUAGUGGAAUUCAUGCCGUUGCGUUUGAUCUUCCUGGUUCUGGAUUCUCAGAUAAGUCCACAUUGGAGGAAGAUGAGAGAUGGGGUGGGGUGGUUCUGGGCGGGCUCUGGGAUGUCUACAGUGUUAUUAAGGAAAAGGGAUUGUUUUGGGGAUUCGAUCAGCUAAUCGAAACGGGGCAGAUCCCUUACGAAGAACUUGAAAUCAAGGUUUCUACGACCAGGAGUAUUAAACCCUUGAGUUUGAAUUCAGAGCAGAUGGGUCGAGUUAUUGGGCAAGUGAUCGAAACAAUGGGUCUCUCACCUGUGCAUCUAGUUUUGCACGAUUCAGCAGUGGGAAUGGGUGCCAGUUGGUCUUUGGAGAAUUCAGGGUCGGUGAGUAGCUUAACUCUGCUUGAUUCUGCCACGAAAUCCAUUGCUUUGCCAUUAUGGGUGCUGGAAAUGCCUGUUCUUAGAGAAUUUCUUUUAGGAAGCUCCUCCGCUUUUGCCGGGUUUCUUAGGUUAUGUUGUUCAAGAUCGAUUGAGAAAUCAGUUGCAGAGGCUCAUAGGGUUCUUUUGAAGCGUAGGGAUGGUAGGAGAGCAAUUGUAGGAGUUGGCAAGGGCCUGAAUUAUAGCUUCAGUUUGAAGGAAUGGGCUAGUUCAGAGGUAGUGAAGGGCAUUCCACUUCAAGUGCUUUGGUCUAGUAAUUGGUCUGAAGCGUGGAGCAAAGAGGGACGCCAGGUUGCAGAAACUGUUCCACAGGCAAUCUUCCUCUCGCAUUCUGGUGGGCGGUGGCCUCAGGAAGAUGCAGCAGAUGAUAUAGCUGGAAGUAUUGCUCGGUUUGUAUUCUCAUUGCCAAAAUCUGUUAGACAAGUCAAGGAAGAGCCUAUGCCGGAUGAUGAUGCCCAUGAAACCCAUCACCAUCACCACAGUCAUGGGGACCAUGGCCAUCACCACCACCAUCACCAUGGGGGUCAUGAUCACGCACAUGCUGGCUACAUGGACGCAUACGGUCUUGGUCAUGGCUGGGAGAGUUAAUACUUUGUUUGUUCUGCAAGAAGUGGUUAGACCAAAGCAGUGAGAGUGCAUGCAAUUUUUUCCCCUGGCAGAACUGCUUGUUGAGGCUUUCCCUAUGUUUCUGUGUCCCAGAAGCUUGUAUUGUGAUUGAGCUUGGUGGUGUUCUUGUGAAAGCUUCGAAGUUCUAGUUACUGCAAGUUGUUGUGAAAGCUUCGAAGUUCUUGUUACUGCAAGUUGUUGUUAAAGCUUCAAAGUUCUCGUAAUCGCAAUUCAUCUUCUGCACUUCAGCUUCCUAUUUUUGUUUGUCAUGCUACUUUGUUGACCGACUUCAAUCACUAAACAUUUUGAGCUGUGUAAGCAAAAUCAAAGUUCAACUCGUUCUGCCUUA